UGAAGUUCCAGCACAGGCACGGUGGGUUUGACUUGUGCAUGAGAGGGUAGAUCCGGCUGCGCGAUCCCCGCAAGUACAACGACGCACCGUUGGAGAAAGACUAUGAACCGCUCGCCCGAAACACAGACACAAUGUAACUGAAGCGACCGCGCUGGAUUUAUUUUAUAUUUGAGGUCGGAGGAAUACGGCUGCGAUGAAGGUGUGGAGUGGUGAUGGGACAAACUUGCUCUCGCCGAUUUCGGCGUACUUGGCAGCGAUUCUGCUGCUCUGCCGGACAACCAGUUCUCAGUACUCCAGUGACCAGUGCAGCUGGAAAGGAAGCGGCCUGACGCACGAGGGCCACACGCGGGACGUGGAGCAGGUGUACCUGCGCUGUUCACAGGGCUCGCUGGAGUGGCUGUACCCCACGGGCGCCAUCAUCGUCAACCUGCGGCCCAACACCGCCUCCCCGGCCGCCCAGCGCCUGACCGCCUGCAUCAAGCCGUCGGCCGGCUCCCGCGGCUCCAACAUCUACCUGGACCGAGCCAGCCAGCUGAAGCUGCUGCUCACCGAGAGCCAGCAGGCCCUGGGCCAGGUGCACUGCUUCGGCAUCCAGGAGGGGGCGCUGUUCAUCGAGGCCAUCCCGUACCGGGACAUCAGCCGGAAGAUCACCGCCUUCCAGUACGAGCUGGUCAAUGCCAGGCAAGGUUCAUUGACAGGCCCCUGCCAGCCCUGCAGCGAUGAGGAGCUCCUCAUGGCCGUCUGCACCAGCGAUUUCGUGGUGCGGGGCAGUGUUGUGGGGGUGGAGGAGGCUCCGGAGCAGGAGUCCGUGGCGGUGGCGGUGAGCUGGCUGUACAGGCAGAAGAGCCGUGUGUUCGCGUCGGCCGGCGGGAGGGCCAGGCGCUGGACCGGGCGGGUGAAGACCCCUCCUCAGUGCGCGGCGCGGCUCACGCAGGGGCGCGCCCGGGAUGACCAGCUCCUCCUGACAGGAAGCGUACGUUUCGGGGAGGCGUGGCUGGGGUGCGCGUCGCGCUACACUGACUUCCUGAGGGUGUACAGGACAGCACAGGAGCGGGGCACCAACCCGUGCCACGUGGAUACAGACUGAGCCCUGGGCGUAGAAUGAGCUGCAGGGGACAGCCCGACCCCCUCCAGCUGAAGAUCCGUUUCACACACACACAUUCUGGAGCUGCCGUCCACCCACUGUGUGUGUGUGUGUGUGUGUGUGUGUCUGUGUGACGUCCUCCCACUCUGGACAGUCUGAAGGACGCUGUUCCUCUGGAGAGGAGCUGCGUGUGCACGUUCCUGAAAGAGAGCGAGACUGAGAGCAAGUGAGGAGAGAGAUGGACAGAGGGUGAGAGGAUGAGGGGACUGAGAGAGAGAUGGGGAUAGAGAUAGUGUCCUGGAGCUUUAGGAAGCAGGCGUGUGUGUGUUUGUUGUGUGUGUGUGUGUGUGUGUGUGUGUGUGUGUGUGUGUGAGAGAUUGUGUGUCCUGCAGCACUGUGAAUUAGCAGUGUGCACGUAAUGUGAGUAGUGUGUUGAGGCGCGUGUUCUGUGUGUGAGUAGUGUGUGUAUGUGGAGUGUUGAGGUGUGUGUAGGUGGAGUGUUGAGUCUGAAACAGAAAGUCUCGAGUGCUUUGUAAAGAGCUUGAUGUACAGUUUUGAAAAUGUUUCUUAUGACAGAAAUGUAUAAAGCAGAAACCUUAUAUUUUA